UCAACCCCACCAACCUUCCUCUGAGCUAAGGAUGACAACAGACGUCUCUUGUUCUCUCACACUCACUGCUUUGUUUAAGCAGUGACACCAUAAUUCACCUAUUUUUUCUGAUUAUUUUUAAAUUCCCUCUUUACAUUCUUCAGUUUUAAAUUUUAACACGGAAGUCUUUAAAAUGUCUUUACUUGUAGCUGACCUCAGAAGUGGAGCAAUGACAGAGUUUCAGGAGAAGCUGCGGCAACAGCAUGAAGAAUCCAUGCACCGUGAACUGGAAGCACUGCUGAAGACAACAGAUAAGGCAGAGGCUGAGAGCUCCAGGAAGGACUUUGAUGGCUUCAAACAGCUCUUCCACAGGUUCCUGCGAGUCAAAGGUCCUUCAUUGGAAUGGUCCAAAAUCAAACGACCACCUGAGGAGGUGAUCCAGCCCUAUGAGAAGAUCAAGGCCAAGGGUCUCCCUGACGACAUCAGAACCAGCCUCAACAAACUUGCCGUGGUCAAACUUAAUGGCGGCCUGGGGACCAGCAUGGGCUGCAAAGGUCCAAAGAGUCUGAUCAGUGUCCGCAGCGAGAACACCUUCCUGGACCUGACGGUGCAGCAGAUUGAGCAUCUGAAUAAAACCUUUAAUGCAGAUGUUCCUCUGGUCCUGAUGAACUCCUUUAAUACAGAUGAAGACACAAAGAAAAUUUUGCAGAAAUACAAACAUCAUCAAGUCAAAAUACACAGCUUUAACCAGAGCAGAUACCCGAGGAUUAACAAAGAGUCGCUUCUGCCCAUCGCCAAAAGCAUGGCUCUGAGUGGCGAGAACUCUGAGGCCUGGUACCCACCAGGUCACGGCGACAUCUACGCCAGCUUUUACAACUCCGGUCUGCUGGACCAACUGAUCUCUGAGGGCAAAGAGUAUGUGUUUGUGUCCAACAUCGACAACCUGGGAGCCACCGUGGACCUGCACAUCCUGCACCAGCUGAUGAGUCAACCUGAGGACAAGCGCUGUGAGUUCAUCAUGGAGGUGACGGACAAGACCAGAGCUGACGUCAAGGGUGGAACCCUGAUCCAGUACGAGGAUCACUUGAAGCUGCUGGAAAUUGCUCAGGUCCCCAAGGCUCACGUGGACGAGUUUAAGUCCGUCACUAAAUUUAAGAUCUUCAACACCAACAACCUGUGGAUCUCAUUGCCUGCCAUCAAAAGGUUGCAGCAGAACAACCAGAUGGACCUGGAGAUCAUCGUCAAUGCAAAGACUCUGGACGGUGGUCUAAACGUCCUGCAACUGGAGACAGCGGUGGGCGCAGCCAUCCAGAGCUUUAAGAGAGCGAUGGGCGUGAAUGUUCCACGCAGUCGUUUCCUGCCAGUGAAGACCACCUCUGACCUCCUUCUGGUUAUGUCCAACCUCUACAGCCUGGACGCCGGGUCGCUCACCAUGAGCCCACGCCGGGAGUUUCCCUCCACACCGCAUGUCAAAUUGGGUAGCUCCUUCACCAAAGUUCAGGAGUACUUGAUCAGGUUUGAGAACAUCCCUGACCUCCUGGAACUGGAUCACCUGACCGUCUCUGGAGAUGUCACCUUUGGCAAAAAUGUUUCUCUAAAGGGGACGGUCAUCAUUAUCGCAAACCACGGCGAGCGUAUCGACAUUCCCGCUGGAGCAAUGCUGGAAAACAAAAUAGUCUCCGGAAACCUGCGUAUCCUCGACCACUGAGAGAGACGUCGCUUCCUUCGUCUGCAGACCGGAUUUUCAAAAUAAAGUACAAAAAGUUUA